UCUUGUUAAAACUACGGUUUCGUCCUUCCUUGUUAUGAUGUAAUGUCAUUUACACACGCACACACUCGUCGCUCCGCAAAUCUCUCGAGUUUGUAAAGGAAGAGCAGGUUCCUUCGUUUGUUCAUCCUCUAUCGUCUUUUUCGGUGAAAUGGAGAACUCUGCAGCAAAUCAACUGCCUGAAGCAGAUUCGUUGCCUGAUGGGUUUGUUGAUAGUUCUGCUGAACCUGUAACCGCUUCAGUACCCACAGCACCAGAUCAAGAAGAUGACGUGACUGAUUAUAAGGAGGAGAAACUAGUAGAAGUUGAGUCAAGGCCUGAUUUGAUAGUGAAUGACUUUCAAUCAUGUGAAGGUGACAAUGGAAGCUCUGAGCCAUCAAGAACGUUCCCUGUAGAGCUAUCUGAAUAUGUCAGUUGUGGAGAGGACGCAGUCAAGAGUGAUGCUGGAUCACCAAAUGUUGUUUCUGAAAAUGUGGUAAGAAAACCAGAACAAGGAAUGGCUCCUGUAACUGAUGGUGACAAGCAAAAGCAUGCUGGAGAAACAUGUCAAAAUUCAGAAAAAUUGACUGAGCAAGGAGUGGAGACACAAGCAGCCAAUUCACAAGGGACAUUAUCAUCACAGAGCUCUGGAACAAGCAGAAAAGAUACAUCUGAAGUAAAACGUAAAAGUAGCAAGCGUACUUUCAAGACAGAAAAGGAAUUUUUGGAGUUCACUUUGAGUUAUCAGAAAGUUCUCAGUGAAAGAGAUGCAGCUAUUACUAUGCGAGAUAAACUUGAGUCAUUGUGUAGGGAGCUACAACGUCAAAACAAAAUGUUAAUGGAUGAAUGCAAAAGGGUAUCAACAGAAAGUCAAAACUUAAGACUGGAUCUAUCCAACAAGUUUCAGGAAGCAAUAAAGGAUGUUACAAGUAAGCUGGAGGAGCAAAGGGAUGACAGCCUGACUCAACUUAAGGAGAACGAAAUGUUAAGAAACCAAUUGAAGCAAAAGGAGGAGCAUAAUGCUCUUACUGUCCAACAAUAUACUCAACAGUUGAAGCAGAAAUCUCUAGAACUCCAAAUUGCAGAUUUAAAGCUUCAGCAACAUGAAGAAAAACUGGUGAAAGAACAGUCCCAGAUGAAGAUGUAUGCAGAACAAGUGUCACAAUUGUUGGCAACUGAAAAGAAUUUACGGUUGCAGUUAACUGCUGAUGGUGAAAAAUUCCAGCAAUUCCAGGAUGCAUUGGUGAAGAGCAAUGAGGUUUUUGAAACAUUUAAGCAAGAAAUCGAAAAGAUGGGAAAAUCGAUAAAGGAACUGAAAAAGGAAAAUAGUUUUCUGAAGGGGAAGAGCGAGAAGUCAGACAUGAGUCUUAUACAACUUGUGGAGGAGCGUGAACGCAUGAAGAAGCAACUGGAGAAAACCAAGAAUCAAAAAGAAAAGCUUGAAUCUCUAUGCAGAUCACUUCAAGCAGAGAGGAAGCAGCACAAUCCAACAACUCCUACUCCUACUCCUACUGCUGCUGAUGAUGAUUCGCUCCCUGUUUAAAGGACAAGACACUGUUAAAAACACACUUUUGAGGUUUUGUUUUCUGAAUCCAAUUGUUUUGUUGGAGCUAAGCUUAGUUUUCGGGAUCUUCUACUGAAAUGAAUGUGAAUGUUGUGAUGAGAAUUGAACCGAGCCCAAGAAAGAUUUUUUGGUUAGCAACGAAUGAAUCUGAAAAUAUUGGUUCCAAAAUCCCAAGUCAUGUUUUGUUUUGUAUUUUUGGUUGUGGGUGGAGAUGAUGGAAUUGUCGUAGCUUUCAUUUCAUCACUUCACUUGAUUUGCUUCUUUUGAAAUUACAUGUCUGUCCCUUUUAACAAUUUACAUAAUUAAAAUAUAUAUCGACCAUGUCAAUAUUACUAGUAUAAA